GCAGCGGAGCGGCGGGCAGAGCGAGACUCCCCCCCCGCCUCGCAGACCCCCCCACAGUCCCCCCCAACCCCGGUCAAGAUGCGGCCCUCCUGGCCGGAGCUGCGGCGGGCACUGCAGCUGACCCUGGCCAUCGUCAAGCCCGACGCGGUGGCCCACCCACUCGUGCUGGAGGCAGUGCACGAAACCAUUCUGAGCCACAAAUUCUUGAUUGUCCGGACAAAGGACCUCCUCUGGAGCAGAGAGGACAGCCAGAGGUUCUACCAAGAGCACUCAGGCUGUUUUUUCUACCGGAGGCUGGUGGAGUUCAUGUCCAGCGGCCCUCUGAGGGUUUAUAUCCUGGCUCACGAGGAAGCCGUCUCUCGCUGGAGAUCCCUGAUGGGUCCCACCAAGGUGUACCGUGCCCUCCACACCGCCCCAGGGUCCAUCCGUGGGACUUUGGGCCUCACCGACACCCGGAACACCGUCCACGGCUCAGACUCUGCAGCCUCAGCCAGCAAGGAAAUUGCCUUCUUCUUCCCAGAUUUCAACGAACAGGAGUGGUACCAGUGUGAGGAGCCACGGCUUUGUAGAGAAACGGGUGGUCCACAUGUGGUCCUGGGCUGCAACCUGAAAGACAGCUAGAGGGAGCAGGACUAACCAACUUGGAGUUCCUCCCAUGGAUGUGAACUGGGCUUCUGCCGUGUCCAGUGGGCAGCCCUCUUGAGCUGUAGCUUUAUUACAGCAUAGCUGGCUGGGGAAUUCUGGGAGUUGAAGUCCACAAGUCUUAAAACUUGACAAGGUUGGACACCCCUGCCUUAGACUCUGAGGUGCCCAGCAAAGGACACCAGAAGGUCCCUUGUGAUCCUCCAAGCAUCAUCUGGAGAGUUUGGCCUUUGACCUCCUGAUUGUAUAUUUUCCUUCUGAAAGUGCUGAACCCAAGAAAGUUGGUUUUUGCUUUUCUUUUUUUCCAAAAAGUGAGCAAACAUCAAGGAAGGAUUCGCCUGCUCCACCUUGGCAUUCCCUCCACUGAGACAGCAAGUAUUAAGUAUUAUUAAGGACUGGACAGCCACUUGUCUGAGAUGGUAUAGGUUCUCCUGCUUGAGCAGGGGCUGGACUAGAAGACCUCCAAGGUCCCUUCCAGUUCUGUUCUACCCUACCCUACCCUACACUUCACUCUACUCUA